GUCACUCACUUCUCUCUCUCUCCGUUCCUCUCUUUCUCUGCCAAAGACAAAGAACCCACUGAAUUUUACCUCUUUCUCUCUCUACAUCCUUUUUCUUUUCUUUUCUUCUUCUUUAUUUAUUGCCCUUUUUCUUUGCUUUGUUUCUAUCGCUUUGCUUAUUGCUCCUUGCAUCAUAUAAUUACUUCUCAAGACACAACACAAACAUAUGUACUAACAAAAAAGAACAUAGCUUUUUCAUUACACUGCUGUAUAUAAACUUGAUUCUUUCCUCUUCUUUCUGCUAUUUGUUUUUUCAUGCUUAAAGUCCUCUUACCUCUCUCUAUCUCGAGUUGAUCAUCAUCAUCAUCAUCAGUUUCAGGGAUGAACUGAAGCUUAAAUUCCAAUACAAUUAUCUUUAUCAUACAAGAAGAAUAUGGUACUUUCUGAAUCAGACACUAUUGUCUAUGGCAGCAUUACCAAAUCAAACUCACCACCAUUAUCACAUCCACAGUCACAUUUACAAGACGAGUCAAUGAAGGAUGCUUCAUUUUCUCCAUUGAGUGGACAAAAUUCACUUUUGUCCCUUACUCUCAAUGAAAUCCAGCACAAGAGUGGCAAGAGCUUUGGUUCCAUGAACAUGGAUGAGUUUCUUGCUAACUUGUGGAGUAGUGUAGAAGAAAAUCAAGUUACUCCACAGCCAAAUCAACUCCAGCAUGCCAAAGACAAUGGUAGUGUAAUUAACCUGCCUCCAUUGGCGCGACAAGGCUCUUUCUCCAUCCCUGCUCCGCUAUGCAAGAAAACCGUGGAUGAGGUAUGGUUUGAGAUACAAAAAGAGCAACCGGAACGUCAAAAACCAAGCAAUAUUGAUGCUCGUGGGCCCCCUCAACGCCAACAGACGCUUGGAGAGAUGACGCUCGAAGAUUUCUUAGUGAAAGCCGGUGUAGUCCAGGAAGCUACACAGUCAGCAGGUUCAUCGCUGCAGAAAAUGGUUACACCUAUUCAAAAUAUUAAUGCAUGUUUGGAUGCAAGUUUUGGAAUGGGGCAAGUGAUGGGAAUGGGAUUUCCUACUGCCCAUCAAACUAUUGGAAACAGUUUCUCUACCGGCAACGGCUUCGCGCCAUACCAGAUGUUCCCUCAAAGCAAAGGGUUUAUAGGAGAAGCACCAAACAAUGCGAAAACCGAACAGGGUCAAACGGAAUUGGGCAUGCAACAAAACAAGAAAAGGAUAAUUGAUGGUCCACCGGAAGUGGUAGUAGAGCGGAGGCAACGCAGGAUGAUAAAGAAUAGAGAAUCAGCAGCACGAUCUCGAGCUAGGAAGCAGGCGUAUACGGUCGAGUUGGAAUUAGAGCUAAAUCAACUUAAAGAAGAGAAUGCGAAGUUAAAACUCCUUGUGGAGGAAAUCGAGCAAAAUAGAAAGGAAGAGGUUUUGAGGAGGAAGCCAUUGAUAAUGCCAAAAAAGAAGGUAGAUAAAUUGAGGAGCAUAAGGAGGACAGUGAGCUUGACAUGGUGAAUGAGAAAAAGAGAAGGAAAUGAUAAAAAUGCAGCUUGUAGGUACAAAUGGAGGCUGUUUACUGAUCAUUGAAGGUGGUCGAGCUUUUUGAGGGAAAUUUACGCAGCCAUGCAUGUGGUAAAGGUUGAAGCAAUCUGCCAUUGUCGAUCAGAGAGUAAAGAGAAGCUGUAGUUUUUAAACUCUGGCUGCUGAUUGAUAGAUGGACAAGAAUGAUGACACUGCGUGGUCAUGAUUAAUAUAUAUUUACAGUCAUUUCUACAAAACUUGAGGUAUUAUGAUUCUUGAAUGCCUGUACGGAGAAUGCACUGUUUCGAUGGGGUUUUCUAAAGUUUAGAAGGGAGUAGUGAUUAUAUUUUUUUUUUAGCACUAAAACAUUUUGAGAUAAAAGGAAUAAACACAAUAUCACAUGCGCCAUUCA